AUGUUUGACAAGGUCACCUACACUCUGCAUCCGAGUUUUGGGAAUAGAGCUAUACAGAACGCAUGCAUUUGUGGCUGCAUUUUUACAAAGAGCAUGUUGUCAAUCAUGAUCUACACUUUCAGCAGAAUAAGUAUGAGUCAAAGCAUGUUCUUACUGAUGUUAUUAUGUACCUGCAAUGUGGGUGGAGUGUCAAAGACUUUCAAAAACCCCAAACCAGCUCUACUAAAUGUUCUUCGCGAAUAUGGCCCUGUGCCUGGUGAUGAGAAUGGUGUCAAAUCGAAACGUGGAGGUGCACAGGAUGAGGGUUCCAAGAAGAAGAAGCGGAUAGAUAAGAAUGUCGACAUGGAUAAACUGGCAGACGGCCUUCAGAAGCUUGGGGAAGAUGACCUCCUCCAAGUUGUGCAGAUGGUCCACGAUAAUAAGUCCUCAGACUCGUACACGAAAAAUGAUAUUGAACAGGGCGAAUUCCAUGUUGAUCUCUACACUCUUCCCGACUCCCUCAUCAAGAUGCUGUGGGACUUCACACAAGAAAAGGGAGUUAAUCAUGCGUGGAUUAUUUGGUCUCAAGGGCCCUUCGACAUUUAG